GUAUUAGAGAGCAGAGAGCAGCUACUGACCUGCAGCACACAAACCACUUCUAACAGAUAUAUUAAGUAAAUCGUUUAUUUUACAAAGACUAAAACAGAGUAAAAGAAAAGGCAAGCAUGAAAAAAGGCAGAAGGAUCCUACAGCUCCUCUCCUGGAAUGACGAAUGUCUGAGUGAGGAGGAGAAAUUCCAGCAGCUCCAGGAAAAGAAAGAGCUGAAGAGAAAGAAAAAAGAGGAGAGACAGAGGAAGCUGGAGGAGAAGAAAAAGCAGAAGGAGAGAAAAAGAGAGGAGGAAGAGGGGGAGAAAACUCGAAGACGGACCUGGAGCAUUGAAUGGAGAUGGAGCCGGGCUAAGAAGCAGAAACUGGAGAAACUUAAACAGCUGGAAGAUGAGAGAGAGAAGGAGGAGAAAAUAAGAGAGUUAAAGGAGGAGAAAGUGAGAGUAAUGAGGGAGACGAUAAAGAGAGAGAUGGAGAAGAGAAUGGAAAUGAGAAAAAUGGAGAACAAAAUGAGAGAGAUGGAGAAGGAGGAGAAAAUAAGAGAGUUAAAGGAGGAGAAAGUAAGAGUAAUGAGGGAGACGAUAAAGAGAGAGAUGGAGAAGAAAAAUGAAAUGCGAAAAAUGGAGAAGAAAAUGAGAGAGAUGGAGGAGGAGAAAGGGAGAUUGAUGGAGAAGUGGAUAAUGUGGGACAUUGAAAAGAAGAAAGCAAGAGAAAUGGAGGAGGAGAAAAUGAGAGGGAUGGAGGAGGAGAAAGCGAGAUGGAUGGAGAAGUGGAUAAUGUGGGACACUGAGAAGAAGAAAGUGAGAGAAAUGGAGGAGGAGAAAAUGAGAGAGAUUGAGGAGGAAAUAGCGAGAGAGAUGGAGAGGAAAAAGAGAGAGUUAGAGGAGGAGAAAGUGAGAGAGAUGAGGAUGCAGAUAAAGAUGGAAAUGAAGAAGAGGAAGAAAGUGAUAGAGCUGGAGAAGAAGAUAAUGAGAGAGAUGGAGAAGAGAGAGCUAGAAGAGAAGAAAAUGGGCGAGCUGGAGGAGACGAUUAAGAAAGAAAUGGAGGAGAGAAAGAAAAUGAGAGAGAUGGAGGAGGGGAAAGAAAGACAAAUGAAAAUGGCGAUGACCAGGCAGAGGGAAAUCUCACAAAACCACGCCAGCAGCAGCAAACAGGAUCAGUUGAAGACUCAGAAACGAGAAUCAGUGAUCAUCAACAUCUGCCCACUAGUACCAAGCCCAGACCUUAAAGAAAACGAGUUCGGUCAGGGCUCGGGCUCCCUGCCUGCCCUCAGAAAACCCCCAAAAAGUGUAAAAGAUAAGAUCAGUACCAAGAAAAAGAGGGUGCCACCCAAAGAGAGCAGCUGUAAUAAAUCUAGCAGUGGAAAAGAGGACGGGCCCAAACCCAAGAGCGCGAUGAGACGCCUAGUGGGCUGGAUUACUAACAAAAUGAGGAGGCACUACCAGAAAAAGAUUAAUAAGAGCAUGAAGAGAGAGAUCAUCUUUGAACACGCCUGCGUUGCCUUGUAUUCUGAUGACUUGCGAGAAUACGAAGUGAUAGAAGGGGCCGACUAUGAAAGACAGAAGCAAGAGCGCCUUAAGAAGAAAAGAGAAAAAUGGCAGGGGCUGAAAAACGAUUUUAGUAACUGGGAGCAGGAGCAUGAAGAUAAAAGAGAAAAGAAAGCCAAGCAUGAUAAAAAGAACAAGAAGGAGUACAAGGAGAAAAAGAACAAGACUCAGAGGAAGAAGGAGCAGAAGGAAGAGAAGGUCCAAGAAAUUCUGCAACCUGAUCCUGAUUUGUCACCAAGAGAACCUGUGGUCAUCACCAAACAGCCACUUGUACAGAGUCCAGAACCCAAAGAAGAAGAGUCACAUCAGUCCUCGAGCUCCUCAGACGUGGAACCACAACCUGAUUUUUCAAAAACUGAAGUCAGGCUAAUCACGGUCAAGCCAAAAGAUCAGAGACCCAAACACACAGUUGAUGAGUCUCAUCAGUGCACGGGCUCCUUGUCAGUGGAACCUCGACCAGAUUCCUCAAACUGUAGAGUCAGGCUCAUCAUGGUACAGCCGAUCAAUCCAAGCCCAGACCCAACAGAUGAUGAGGCCCAUUAGUGCUCUUGCUUCCUGUUUCCCCAUAAGGAUUCCUCAUAACUGCUGUAAUUACGACCUCUGCUGACUGUGCGAUGUCACCUACACGAUGAGACGUGGGAUAAUGGAGAUCAGUGUGUGACUCUCUGUAUGCAAUACUGAUCUACAUAUUAACACGCCUUGUUCAGGUGAAAAGAAGCGGUUGGCUACUGCACAUGUGUGUUAGUCAUAGCUCUCGUCAGUCAGGAGAGGAGGUCUGUAGCAGUAGAGGUGAACAUACAAAUCUGGUUUAAAAAAAAUGGGGAAAAUGCUUAAAAAAAAAAUCAAAAUUGGCACUUUAGAGGAUAACAGCAACCAGAGCAGGUCUGAUGAUGCCAAGCUAAUAACCAGGAUGAGUCUAAAGACAGGAGCACCAUGGGCCACAGUGGGGAAGGGGGUGAGGGGUCAGUCAAAAAAUAAAUGAGCCAGAUCAAAGACAGAUGAAAAGGAGACUGAAGAGAGAUGAGCAAAGUUUACAUCAACUCGGCACAUGUAUGUUACAGAAGCUUUCAAGAAUAUAAAAAUACAAAAGUAAAAAAAUUAAGACCAUAUAGACUAUCGUGAUGGAGAUGACUGUCUGCGCUUGGGGUGGUGCUGGUUAUAUAGUCGACAGCAGAAGGAAGAAAGGAGCUGCGGUGUCUCUCCUUCGAGCAACGCGGGUGAAGAGGCCUGUUGCUGAAGGAGCUGCCCAGUGCUGCCACUGUCUUAUACAGUGGGUGAGAGGUGUUCUCCAUUAGGGAUGAAAGCUUGGCCAUCAUCCUUCUCUCCCCAACUGCCUCCACUGAGUCCAGGGUGCAGCCCAAGACAGAACUCGCCUUCCUGAUCAGAUCCACUGACACUUAAAGAGGGCAAACUGGCACAAGUGGCUGAUCAUGAAGGGGCAAAGAAAAAGCCUCAACGGUGGAGAGUUGGAUUAGGAAAUGGGAAUCAGAGGAAAGGAGGAGAAGAGAAGAUUUAGGAGUGAGACCCUGCAGCCUGAUUCAGUUUCAAUCAGGUGAAUUGAGAUCAGCUCUAGAAGAAAGAGAAAAGUCAUCAGGCAUUGAAGGCUAGAAGAAGAAAGCAGAAGGACAAAGGCAGAAGAACCAAAGAUAAAAAGGAAAACAUUCAUGUUUUUCUCUGUACCAACAAGCUCAUGUACAGUGGAUUACCACCUCCAGCUUCAUUAAGAUUAAUAAAGUGCUAAAUGGA